AUGGCAGAAGCACACAGUGUAGCUGCGCUAUCGUUCACGCUAACCCACGACGGUGUCUCGGUUUCAUAUGAUCAAGAACUUCUUCGUGACAUUUGGCAUGCCUUCACAAGGGCUUACAAACGACGAUUAGCACGAUUCAAGAAUGAUUUCAUAACGGGAAUAUUUCCGGCUAAUACCUACUCGUUCUGUGCAGUUAUCAUUUCGUUGACAGUCUUUUCGGUAUUCCGUCGUGACCUAUCGUUUGGAAUCGUACCGUUUGUACAGCAUUAUCUGUUUGCAUUUUUGUUUGGUGAUGGAGUGAUAUCACAAAUGUUAUCGCUCGUAAUAUGUGGUGCAUUGAUAUGGUUUGUUGCAAUACAAGCGAUUCGCCUGAGUCUAAAAGCUUUUCUCUCAUAUAAGGGAUGGCUCUAUGAGGAUCCUCUGAAGUCCAUUUCGAAUAAAUCAAAAAUAUGGCUCCAAGCCUUGCAUUUCAUUUCGAAGAGUGACCCGAUGCUACAUUCAUUUCAAGGAGCGUUACCACAUUUACCAUUGCCGAGUCUACAAGAGACUCUCGAUAAGCAUUUGACGUCAAUGCGUCCCAUAUGUACAGACGAAGAAUACGAUGAGCUGGUUGAGUUGACGCAUAAAUUUAGUAAGGGAAUUGGGCGUCGUCUGCAGCGAUAUUUGGUGAUCAAAUGGAUUUUGUCGAUCAAUUACAUCACCGAUUGGUGGGAGGAAUUCGUUUAUUUGCGACAGCGAUCACCGAUCAUGAUCAACAGUAACUAUUACGGCUUUGAUACGCUACGGGGACACCCAACGAAUUGUCAAGCAGCACGAGCUGCGAAUAUCACUUAUGUGGCGUUGAAAUUUAGGAGAAUGGUCGAGAGACAGGAAGUUAAACCGGUAAUAUAUAACAUUUAA